UCACAGAAGCUACUUUGAUAAAAAAAUCUUGAUGUCCGAAGAAGCGGAGAAGAAGAGGAAGAUGGAUAUGGAGAUGGAACGGAAAUUGAGGAACCAGGAGAAGGCUAAAGAAAAAGAGAUGAAAAAGCAGAAAGCUUUGGAGAAAGCAAAACUCAGAGAAGUUGUCAAGUCAGCAAAACCUAAAACAAAAAUUGCAGAGAAGAAGAUUGGCAAAGAAGAUGAAGAAGAAGAGUUCUUAGAUCCGGAAACUCCUAUUGGCGAGAAGAAGAGGUUAUCUUCACAGAUGCCCAAAGAAUACAAUCCUUGUGCAGUUGAGAAAUCAUGGUAUGAAUGGUGGGAGAAAUCUGAGUUUUUCAAAGCUGAUGCUGCAAGUUCCAAACCACCGUUUGUGAUUGUUCUUCCUCCUCCUAAUGUUACUGGAGCAUUGCAUAUUGGUCACGCACUAACAUGUGCAGUCGAGGACACACUGAUUCGUUGGAAGAGGAUGUCUGGAUUUAAUGCUUUGUGGGUUCCCGGAUUUGACCAUGCUGGUAUUGCUACAGCUUGUGGUGGAGAAACAUCUCACAUGUGAAACAGGAAUGACCAGGCAUGACUUUGGCCGAGAGGAAUUCAGGAACCAUGUCUUGCAGUGGGCAGACAAGUACAGUGGUACAAUAAAAUCCCAGUUACGUCGUAUGGGAUCAUCUCUUGAUUGGUCCCGUGAGUGUUUUACGAUGGACGAGCAAAGAUCCAAGGCUGUCACUGAAGCCUUUGUAAGGUUACACAAGGAAGGGCUUAUCUAUAGGGAUCUCCGGGUUGUUCCGUGGGACUGUUUCCUUAAAACCGCCCUAUCUGGUGGUGAGGUUGAGCAUAUUGUCAUCAAAGAAAGAACACCAAUGAAAGUCCAUGGGUACGAGAAACCAGUAGAGUUUGGUCUUAUUACUUCCUUUGCUUACCCUCUCGAGAGAGGAGGCGGUGAGGUUGUUGUUGAUACUACUAGGAUCGAAACAAUGCUCGGCGACACCGCCAUCGCUGUUCAUCCUGAUGAUGCAAGAUACAAGCAUCUUCACGGAGAGUUUGCUGUGCAUCCCUUCAAUGGGCGGAAGCUACCAAUAAUUUGCGAUGAGAUACUUGUUGAUCCAAAUUUUGGUACUGGUUGUGUUAAGAUCACUCCAGCACAUGAAACCAAGGAUUUCGAUGUAGGAAGGCGCCACAAUCUGAAGGUUAUCAACAUUUUCACCGAUGAUGGAAGGAUCAACUCAAAUGGUGGGCCUGAAUUCACAGGGAUGCCACGCUUUGCCGCUCGUGAAGCUCUUGUUGAAGCUCUGCGUAAUAAGGGGCUGUACAGAGGUGAGAAAAACAACGAGAUGAAAAUUGGAGUUUGCUCAAGGAGUGGUGAUGUUGCUGAGCCUAUGAUAAAGCCUCAGUGGUACGUGAGUUGCAGUACGAUGGCAAAGGAGGCUCUUGAUGUUGCUGCCAACGGGAAGAUCGAGUUUAUUCCCAAGCAGUACUCUGCAGAAUGGAGAAGGUGGCUAGAGAACAUUCAUGACUGGUGCAUCUCGAGACUGCUUUGGUGGGGCCAUAGAAUACCGGCAUGGUACGCCACUUUAGAAGAAGACCAGGUUAAGGAAGCAGGUGCAUACAACGACCAUUGGGUUGUUGCUAGAACCGAGGAAGAAGCUCGUAAAGAGAUUGCACAUAAAUUUGCUGGGAAGAUGUUGUUGGAGCUCUCCCAAGAUCCUGAUGUGCUUGACACUUGGUUUUCUUCUGGGCUCUUUCCGUUAUCUGUUUGGGAUGGCCAGAUGAAACCGAGGACUUGAAAGCUUUCUAUCCAACGUCUGUUCUUGAAACUGGACAUGACAUUCUGUUUUUCUGGGUUGCUCGUAUGGUUAUGUUAGGAAUGAAAGUGGGUGGUGGGGAUGUUCCCUUCAGGAAGGUUUUUUUGCAUCCCAUGAUACGUGAUGCACAUGGCCGCAAGAUGUCAAAGUCUCUUGGAAAUGGCAUUGAUCCGCUUGAAGUCAUUAACGGUGUCAAGAAAACAUGCCGUUAGCGACUACACUAUUAGUCGCUUUGUAAUCGUAAAAACUGUGUUUACGACCAAAUAGCGACUAACUCAAGCAGUCGGAGAGCGAGAGUCGCUAAUUAAUGUAGUCGUAUUUAUAGUCGCCUUUUAGCGACUACUGUACGACCAAAAAAUGUAGUCGUUAUAUGGUUAUGAAGUAGUCGUCUCGUAGUCGUUAAAAUAGUGUCUGUUUUAUGACUAUAGUGUGAUUAAUUAGUACUGAGUGUUUAUAGUCACUAUAUAGUCACUUACCAUAGUGACUAUUUAGAAACUACAUUACGACUAUUUGGCCA